AACCAAUCCAUCCGCCAUGUCGAAGAAGCCCUCAAAGCUCGACCUUCUCGUGAGGGUGCGCUUUGAAAACCCGCUCCCCGACCCCCCCUUCCCGCCCAAGCUCCUCAAAGUCAAGACGGACAUCUCGCGGCUUGGCGACCCCGCAUAUCUGGACCAGCUAGCGGGCUCCGCGCCCGCCCCCAUGCUCCUGGAUGCGGAGAUGGGUAUGCCAAUCGACCUAAACACCUUCGACGGCGUGUGGGACGGCAAUGACGCCUCGCUCAACCCUGCGCUCGAGAACGUCAAGCUGGAGCCUGCGGACGCGGCGCUCCUCGCGCCCCUCCGCAUCCUCGCCAAGCCUAAUGGUGCACCCGCGCCGAGCGCCAUCAAGCCCGAGGUGUCCUGGAUGCGUAACUCGUCGUAUAUCCAGCGUCGGGAGACGACGCGGCGGCGCGCGGCCGCAGAGGCCGUGCAGGAGGAAGAGGUGGAUGCGAGUGAGGCCGCGCAGAUCGUGGCGAUUGAGAAGAGCUUCGAGGACCUGCGCAACCAGCAGGUUUCGGAGAUUCGUCACCCCCACCCGAAGAGGAAGCACCUGCGUGUUGUGGAGUCUUACGAUGUGCUGCCAGACGAGGACACGUGGAGCUCUUCGUAUAUCUUGCUCAAGUUCCCCGAGCGGCCGUCAGCCGCGACCGCGCUCAACCCAUCUGCGAAGGCUUCGCGAGGGCGUCUGGAUCGGGCGCUUCUCCGACCGGUCGUGGAGGAAGACCAGGCGUCCAUCGACUUUUUCCUGCCCAAAGAAGACGACCUGUCCCGGCUUUCUUCGCUCGAGGAGCACCCGAUCGACAGCGAGACGGCCGCGGAGGCUGUCAACAUGUCGGCCGAGGGCAACGACGACAAGAUCGACGAGCUGUUCCCCAACGUCACCUACGAAAGGAUACGGACGUACGAGGUCGUGUCGCAAAUGGUGCCAGACCGCGAGUUCCUGCUCACCAUCUCGGAGGAGGCUGUCGCGAAGGAGGACGAGGAGGAGGACAUGUUUGGCGAGGAAGAGCCAAAGCGCAAGAAGCGCAAGGGCGCUUACUACAAGCCUAUUUCAAUGCGGUCGCAGUUGCGCAAAACCGUCCAGAAGGUGCGAUCCGAUACGCCUUGGGACAAGGUCCGCUUUGGAUUCCGUGAGCCGGCCGCCACAGAGAUUGAGGAGCGCGAAAAGAUGGCGCGCUCUGUCAGCGAUUCAGCUUGGGUCGAGGAUCAAACCGACGAGGGGCACGACACCUUUGCUGCCACGCUCGAGGAGGCCGACGCCGACAUCAACUAGACGCGCGGGGCUGCCCGCCAACUGUAUAGUGCGCUGUAUGCAUAGUUUAUUGACUACACG